GUUCUUUACGGUAAUCUUUUUUUAGUUUUACUAAGGAAUUAUUUACCCUUUUUUGCUGCCUGUCUUUAUUCUUAUUAUAUUUGUAAAUAGCUACAUCGUCUGUCCAACCUUAUACUUGCACGGAAAAUUUAUGCCAAAAAAAUACUUUUCACAUACGUAGGCGUAUAAUAAUACGUAUCUACCGUAAUUUCAAGGAUUUUGUUUUAAUAUUUCAAGUAUAGUUCUAUUUUAGCCUGUUACAACGUUAUGUGAAUAUAAGAAAACAAGACAGAGAACAUUGUAGGACCAAUACGGACGAUUUUGUGAAAGUAUGUAACAUCUUGUUCGAAGCUAUCCCUGCAGACAUACAUGUAAAUCUACAAUGUUAAUUAUUUGAUACUAUAAUAUGAGCAGUUAUAGCAACCGUACACAAACUGCGUAUAUGUGUGUGUUCGCACACUGUAUGUAUAUAUACAUGUAUGUUCAGUAUGUUAUAUACAGGGAAAAUGGGUAGAAUGGUUAUCCAUUUCUACUCAAUGUAUGACACAUUAUAUGUAUAUGAUUGCGUGUGUUUUAACAACGUUGUUCUAAGAGAAGGUUUUAACCUGCAACCAAUGGUUAUAUUUUAGGUCCGAACUUUGAGUUUUUUUUAUUAGCAUGAAAAACGUGCGUGUAUCUACCUUACACACCUGGUCUUUGUGGUGUUUAAAUUGUUUGUAAAUAAGCACUUCCUCUAUGAAAAUGUACAAUUAACGUUUUGGAAAAUGUUGAACGUCUGAACGUCUUUUUUGCAGCAUGAGACUCUUCCUCUGUUCCGUUACGCACAUCACAAUAUAUAUAAGCUAUGGUAAAACCGAACUGAGUUCUUGUUUAGCUUUAGUAGGAGGAGUACGUUUUGUUAUGGCCUUUCAGGCCCUACAAGUGAGACAAUUUAAAAUGGUGUACUCCGGACCAAUGUUACCUGAAGCAAUGUCGUUGACAAACGACAGGCGUCUACGAAUUUGAUUCUGGCCUGAACAUAUCCAUUACGACGGGCUCAUGUGUUUUUUUUUGUUUAUUAAACUGACCGGCUUUCGAUAAGUUUCGGAGUCCGCAAAUAUCAGGCCUUCUCAGUCGUCUAUAUAAACGGCUCCGUUUUACGAAACGGAGUGACAGAUUGUCUUUUUCGGUUACAAUUAUUAUUUUGCUAAGCAGAGAUGGUGCAACAUAGGUUACCUUAGUGUUUUUGAAUUUCUAACUGGCUAAGGGAUACACUGAUAUAUACGUUAGUAUAAUGGCUGUAAUUUAGCUAAACACAUGAUGACGAGGUAUGAUCACUUGGUACUUGCUUGUGAUACAAAAUUUCUAGGAAAAUGGUAGAGCCUUGGAUUCUCGCUAAUGAGCAGGUUUUCGUUCAGCUUCUGUAGCCAUUUUUGUAGCCUCAAGGAUGUCUUGUAGCUCGAAGACUUGGCGGUCAACCUGCACUUACUGAUCUUCAAAGACCUUCUUUGGAGCCUUUCCUUUGCAGAAAAGACAAAAAUUCUGAAGUGGCAAGGGCUCCAGGUGACAAGUUCUUAAGGCAACCAGUAAUAUAUAAUGUUAGAAGCGUCCUUUAUGAACACAUUCUGUCCUACGUUAGCGUAAUUCUGCCGCGUACUUCAAUAAGAGAAGCUUUCUAGUCUGCGACGUCUUUUGCUACAAUCAGUUUGCAAUUAUACUGCCGACUUAGAGCGAUUACAUUGUUUAGGUCAAACACAAGGUUGAAUGAAUUAAUUUACUGUCGUUUGUUUGAUGCUUAUAAAUAGAGUGUGUGAAUAAUUUUACGUAGUAAUUUCAUCCUUAUUCUAGCUGUCAUUUUCAACACCGUCGAAAAUGCAGUUUUGAAUUGUUAGCGUCAGUAAUGCCAAAACGAUUAUGGUUUUAUAGAAAAUUAUAAUGAAUUUAUGUGAUAUAAUGGUAAGAGCUUCGAUAUAAUCGGUUGUCUUCAACGAGCUCAUGGUCAUACGAUGCUAAUCCGCUAAUAUGAUAAUAAUAAUUCUAGUGUUUCGUCCGGAAUCAAUAUAGCCACUUAAGUAGCGUUAUUCUACUACUAGCAGUGUAACAUACAUCAACGUAUAUAAUGCUUCAUUUUUCCGUGGGCGGCGUUAUCGCAUGGUUGGUCUGCAUUUAUUGUUACUCAGCUGACGAUGACGUAAACACUGUUGAAAUGAGAUAGGUCUACGUACGCCUACUUUCGAAAACAAAACGAGAUUGUUCUUCAUCUUGUUUUGCAGCGUCCCUUUCACUUAUUGUAUAAAGGCCUAUCUGAGUAGCUCUAUUAGUACUUUUGAGAGUAUAGCAAAAGUUACACUGCCGCGUGUGCUUUCGGAGUACGUAAACGUUUAUGUGUCAACCUGUUUUUGGCAAUGAUUUGACCUGUUAAUGGUCCACGAUGACACUCGAAGCGAAUAGCAGACACGUGUUGCUUUAUUGUGAUAUUUAAUUGGCGCCGUAAAAUGAAUAGCAGAUUAGCAACUGAUGCCGCAGAAGCAUUCUUUUUUAUUUUGUUAUUUUUGCAGUUCCUAUUCAUUGAAGUUGUUGAAGUGAAAAGUUCGUUAGCUAGUUGAAGCUAAUUUUUAAAUAAUCUGUAACUUCCUACGAAAGGACACGAAUUUGCUAUUUCACAAUGUAUAAUCAAAUUCGAAUAGAAGUCCGUGCAUAGUACAUGUCCCGUUUUACUAUGUUUCUCCUUAAUAUUCAUUCAAACAAAUUUGCUAUGUCUAGUUGUUUCCAAUUUCGGGAACUUCUUGCACAUCACUCGAUUCAUUUUCACCUCAGCAUGGACAAAUUUGGGAACUUGAUCUGCCAGAUUUCCUAAAAAAUGCUGUUGAGUUAUGUUGUCAUGUCAGUCGCUUUUCGCAGAGCUAGCCCUGUUUUAAGCAGGUAUCCAAUGAGAGAUAUUAAAAGCUCCGUAUUUAUCGAUUCUAUUAGGUUUGUCUCCAUGGAUCAGGCUGAAUUGUUCUUCACCACAUCUUCCAUUGUCGACCCUUACGUUAGUCAUGGAAUUAUAUCUUUAACGAUCCUGUUGUUGGCUGGAGGCCUAAUCCUUAAUCUGGGAGCAAUUUUAGUAUUUCUCCAAGUGCCAAAACUGCUUAGGUCGACAGUUAACACGUUGGUACGAAACCUGUUCGUUCUUCACGUCUUCACAACGAUUGUUUUAGGAACGCUGACCAUUUUUGACUGGAUUGCCUGGACACAUGAUCGUAUUGAAGAGACUGAUCAACCGUACGUUUUUGAGUAUCGUAGAGCUUAUGCUGUAGUAUGUCCUUUCGUUCAUUUUGCCCGCGCCACGUUCGUUGGUGCUACAUUUGGGAUUCUUUGGAUUAUGACGUUAGAUCGGGCGUUGACAAUAUUGUUUCCCAGAGACCCGCACACCAUGUUACUUAAAAGGCACCCAUCGUUGGCCACAAUGUCGGUAUGCGUUCUUGCUCCAAUAUCACAGAGUUUCUAUCUUUUUACGUCAAGAAGCGGCGAUUUGCUCCAUCGAGACUGCGUAUAUCGUCUCAACGGGCUUGAAUGGAGAUUGACGUCGUUUGCGGCAUACUUGAUCCCGUUGCUUCUCUUCAUUGCAUUGUGUACCAUCCUUAUGGUACGUCUACGCUCGAGUCCAGCGAAGUCGUCCACCCGAACAAUGAACAGAAUCGUCCUUCUAGUGAUCCUACUCAUUGCGUCGUAUGCUAUCUGUACCGCUCCUCACAAGGUUACGGAAGUAGUUGGUGCCCACGAAUCUUUGCAGCGCAUAUCUGAAGCUAUGCUUCUACUGCCUGUUGUACUUCACCCUCUGGUUUAUUACACUAUUAGCGAGAACUUCAGGAAAGCACUUAGCCGCUGCUUUCAGCGUCGUCGUCAUUUGGGCCAUAGGUCGUACUGUCGUCACGCCCACGCAGGAUCGCGUCAUGGAGGUGAAGGCGGUGAUAGGAGCGCGGCGUUAACUAUCACGGAAAUGACUACGGCGUUCUCGGUCACGUCCCAAGACGCGACACAAGAAAAGAACCUUCAAAUAAACAAGCUUGACCCAGCUAUCUAAAACAAUGAUAUCAGCAACGAAACAAAGAACCAGUAGAACUGCCUACAAAUGCACAUGUUAAUACACGACCAGACUUGUAGCUAGAUGUGUGUAAUUCUUAUAAUCGGUAUUUUUAUUUAAAAUAAAUCAAAGUCAUAUUCUGAACUUGAAAA